UAGUGAAGGUUGCGGUGAAUGAUAAGUAUAUAAUAAUGGAAGUUGAUACAGGGUCAGCAGUGACUGUUAUCAGUGAACGUUUGUAUACAAAGCUGUUUAGUACGAUUACCCUUUUUAAUUGUAACAAGUCUCUCGUAGUGGUAAAUGGAGCAAAACUAAAUGUAGUUGGGCAUAUGGUAGCUCAUAUCAUGCUCAAUGGACAUAAAGCUAAUGGAAAGCUGAUUGUGCUUAAAACGGACAAGGACUUCAGACCAUUAUUAGGAAGAGAUUUGAUGUCUACGUUUUAUCCAAACUGGAAAAACAAUUUCAUUAAACCGGGGAGCAUUAAAAGUUUGCAAAUCAGCAAUAAACACGAAGAAGCUAUAAGUAUGCUCAGGGAAAAAUAUGCAAAGGUAUUCAGCAAUGAUUUAUCCAACCCUAUUUCAGGUUUUGAGGCGGAUUUAGUUUUUAAAUCGGACCAACCAAUUUUUCGAAAACCUUAUCAAGUGCCUUAUAAGAUUAAAAACAAAUUCUUAGAACAUUUGGAUGGAUUGGAGAAACAAGGCAUCAUUACACCAAUUAAAGCAAGCGAGUGGGCUGCUCCCGUAAUUGCUAUUUUGAAAAAGGACAAUGAAUUGCGCAUGAUCGCUCUCGGUACGCAUUUGCUAACAGCUCACAGGAAUCAGCUAAAGAUGGUGGAGCAAAAGAAGGAGAGAGUGAAAGUGAUGAUUACCGGACAGUUCAAGGCCAGGCGAAGUUCCAUCGACGAACAGGAAGAAUUCUUAGGUUUCCCGCCGAAGAAGCACCGGAAGAAAGCCAUGCUGAAAUACCAGGGAUAGACACGGUUGAGAAAUCGAGACCGGUCGAACAUACGACUGAAGCGGUUCGUCAAUCUAGAAAGAGAAAACAUGUCGAAAGGAGUCCAAUUAGGACUCGAUCGAAGCUACGACGCUUAGUUGAAAACUAAAAAAAAUAAUAAUAAUAAUUCGAAGUUUAUUUUGUAUUGUAAGAGAUAUUGAAGCACAAAGUGCAAUCUGAAUUCUAAAUUCUUGUAAGAAUUAACUGAAAUGGAAAGAAUUGUAAUAUCCUAUUACGUCUUAGUACUAAACUUGAGCUACUUAUGGAAGUGACCAAGAUACAUUUCGUGUGUAACUCCAUACAGGUACCAAUACAUAGUUAUACAUUGGAAUCGAACUCUGUAAUGCAUUGUCGAUGAAAAUAUAGAUCAGUUCAAAGUGAUCCGUAAGUGAGAUCGGAAGCUUAUAUCCUAGUGUUCCUAAAUUACAACUAAAUAGAAAGAGAAUCCCUAAAACAA